AUCAUGGACUCCAGCAGAACUCUGUGUGUGAGUCUAGCUGUGCUCCUCCUGAUUUCCAGCAGCUCUGCAGGAACCAUCCAGAGAGCUCUGAGGAUGAACCAGGCUUUGCUCACGUUUCACAAUCAGCUGCCUGAAGAAGUGCAGGUCUCCUUCACAUCUGACUACUGCUACAAGUGCUUGUACCAGCAUUUGGCCUCUGUGAAGCCCAACAAUAACAACGCUUCAGUCAUGAUCAGCACUCAGUUCAGCCUGACUGUACAGGUGGAAUCAGGAGGCGGGGCCACGGCUCUGUGCAGGUGGAGUCAGACAUACCAGGAAGGGGGGCAUUACUCCGUUUGGAUCCAGGGUCCGGAUCCCUCAGGGAACCACACCUGCAGUCAUUCCAUAGAUAGACCUCCAAACAAUGCAUAUCUACCCAUCGUAGCUGCAGCUCUCUUGUUGGCUGGAAGUGCUCUCCUGUUUGUGGUGGUGCCGUUCAUCCUCAGGAGGCGGCGUACGUCUCCAUUUCUGAAGGCGGUUUGCUGCCGGGAUCUACAGAACUCUGUGGAUCAUGACGGCGCUCAUGCCUCUGAAACGGCGGCGGCGGACAGCAGAGGGACCAGACAACCGCGCCUCCUCUCCCUGGACACUUUCCGAGGGUUUUCCCUCACAGUGAUGGUGUUUGUGAACUACGGCGGCGGAGGUUACUGGUUCUUUGAACAUGCUCCGUGGAAUGGUUUAACUGUGGCAGAUCUCGUCAUGCCAUGGUUUGUGUUUAUCAUCGGGACUUCAGUGGUUUUGGCUUUCAGCUCCAUGCAGAGGCAAGGAGUCAGCCUCCUGCAGCUGCUGGGAAAGAUCACCUGGAGAACAGUUGUGCUGAUGUUGCUCGGCUUCUGCUUUCUCAACUAUUCUCCAAGAGAUGGACUAUUGUCCUGGUCCUGGCUGAGGAUCCCUGGAGUGCUGCAGCGUCUGGCCUUCACCUACUUUGUCCUGUCUCUCCUGCAGACUUUCUGGGGCCGGAAAGCAAUUCCACAGAGUGAGAACCACUGGUGGAAUCCUGUCCAGGAUGUGGUCCUGUUUUGGCCGCAGUGGCUGAUGAUCUUUCUGCUGGAGACUCUGUGGCUUUGCAUCACGUUCCUCUUGCCUGUGCCCAACUGUCCCACAGGGUAUCUGGGAGCAGGUGGAAUUGGAGACAAUGGCCUUUAUCCAAACUGCACUGGGGGGGCAGCAGGAUACAUCGACAGAUGGAUGUUUGGUGAUAACAUGUACAGAUACCCCACCUGUAAAAAGUUGUAUCUGACGGUGCAGCCCUUUGAUCCAGAGGGAAUUUUGGGAACCAUCAACUCCAUUGUCAUGGGCUUUCUGGGAAUGCAGGCGGGAAAAAUCAUUGUUUUCUACAAAAGGAAGAAUGGCCACAUCCUCAGUCGGUACCUAAUCUGGGCUGUCAUCUUGGGAAUCUCAGCGGCCAUCCUUUCUAAGUGCACACGAGACGGAGGAUUUAUACCUGUCAAUAAAAACCUUUGGUCGCUGUCCUAUGUGAUGUGUAUGGGCGCUCUGUCUUUCCUGCUCCUGGGAGGCAUGUAUUUCAUCAUCGACGUCAGGGGCUGGUGGGGAGGACAGCCUUUCCUUUAUCCAGGGAUGAACUCGAUCUUGGUGUAUGUCGGACACUCCCUGCUGGGUUUUUACUUCCCGUUCAGCUGGGAAAUGCGCUUCCAGGAGAGCCACUGGGAGUUCCUCCUCCAGAGCUUGUGGGGAACAUCACUGUGGGUGCUGAUCGCCUACCUGCUCUACAGGAAGUCCUUCUUCCUCAAAAUAUAAUCAGGCUCCACCUCCCCUUCAUCUGGGAGCAUCAGAACUAAAAACCCACAGCGGCUGCUCAGCAUGUUCACCACGGCAUGUUUCCUCGUCUUAUUGAUUCUCACUGAGUCUCAGGAUACCUAUGGGCUGUCGUAUGGAAACUUUAUCUCCCGCGCUCCAGCCGCCUGUUCGGCUCCUGAUGUCAUGUAAUCGGGAACUCCCAUGAUGCUCUCUGAGUUGUGGAAUCCAUUUCUUUUCAACAUAUGUUUGAAAUAUUUCAAAACGAAACCAGAAGAAUUUGAAUGUGAUGUCAUUAAAGUCCCCCUCAGAUGAAAAUCAUGUUUUUUUUAGUUUUUAACAUGUAUGUGUGGCAUUUUUCUUAUGAAA